AACGAAACCGAAUGUCGACACACUCUGUCACUACACCAAUUAAACGUUACGACAAUAAGCCGCGCACACAAGCAGCAGCAGCAGCAGCAACAACAACAGCCGUACACAGCACACACAAUCUGCUGCUAUAGUAUUCAUUCCACACACUGAGCGAGAGAUCCAAAACUAUCACGCGCGCGCGCAUUGCACUUAAAGAAGGAGAAGAGAGAAAAAAACACACAACACGGAGACAACAUUCGAAUCAAAGACAUCCCAUCAAUGUGUGGUAGCAAAUUAGUGAAUUUUUGUGAAUUAAAAUCAUCGAAUUGAUUUCGAUUUGCGUCCAAUAUUUUUGGUUGACAUUUGAUUUUGAAAAUAGUGUACGAUAAAUACUGUAUGUACGAUUUAAAUAAUAAUAGUAGUCGUAGACAUUUAUAUAUCUACAUAUAUAUAUAUCUGAGGUGCGGAAAUAAUUACAAAUUCUCGUGCGCAUUUUGUAUUUGAUUAAAAAGUGUGCGUGUCCAUAUAUGUGUGUAUGGGUGUAUUUAGCAAACAGCAAGAACACGCAAAGCAAUGGGGAUGACAAACCCAAAAAAUUCAUAGAAUGGAUUUACAAUUGAUGAAUAAAUUUUGAUACCAACCAAAUUUUCAGCCAUAUUUAUUGGCAAAAUUGCCAGAGAGAGAGAGAGAGAAAGAGAGACGAGCUAAAUAAAAAAAGUCAAAGUGAGAAUUCAAUCAUAUUCUAUUCAUGUGCAUUUUGUGUAACUGAGUCAUCGAUCGGACAGUAUACAGGCGAGUGAGCCAAUGAAUGAUGAAAAAGAGACGGAGAGCGAGAAAGAGAGACACAGAGUACGAGAGAAAGAGAACAAAACAACGAAGAAAAACAACAACAUUUGUAUUCAUGCUAACGAAUUCAAACCAGAAAUGAAGAAAAAUAUAAAACGACUGGAUGAUUCAUCGUUGAAAAAUCUGGUCGAUGCUAAAUUUUUUUUCUUUCUUACUCGCUCUCUCUCUCUCUCUCACACACACACACGCUGGAAGAUAAAAGGGGCGACUUACGCAUCAAUCUUGAUGCAGAUUUUGAAAUGUUGCUGUUGUGAUGCAUGCAUAAUAAACAAAGUCGGCUAGUUUAAUAUUCAUUUUCAAAGUGUCCCGUUCCGAACUGUUUCAGAUCUUCAGUCAAAGUGUGUGUGUGUGUGCCUUUAUUUUUUUAUUGCGAAAAUUAUCAGUUCUGGAAUGUUAAUGGUUGUCAUUAAAAUGAAACAGUUGAGCUAGUUGGCUUAUGUAUAAAUCAAAUUAUCCAAUUCGUUUUCGGCUGACUUGAUGAUUUAAUAAUAUCAAUACAAAUGAGUGUUUAUUGAAAAGCAAUGAAGAACGAUAUGGCAACAACAAAAGCAACAACUUCGUCGUCGUCGUCGUCGUCGUCGUCCAACGAACAAAAAAGAGCUCCAUUCAAACGCAGACUUUCGAGUAAUUUUAUAGCAGCUCGAAAAUAGUGCAAUAAAAUGUCAGUCACGUGCGAUUUUUGUUGCCUACAUAUAUGUACUAUGACGGUUAAUUUUUUUUUCUCUGUUGCUGCAGCUACUAUUAUUUCUGCCUGAAAUUUUCAUUGCUAACCGACCAUCGAAACACACCAAAUGAUCGACAUCGCGAAUGAAAAACAAGCAAAUAACAGAGAGAAAAAGAAAAAAAAACUCGAACCAAAAUUGAUUGGUGGCUAGAAAAUUGCAGCCUAUUGCAUUGGUUCCAAUUUAAAUCGAAUCCAAUUCAAUGGCACAAUUCCUCAAUCAUUUGGAAAAAUGAAUUCACCUUGCUAUAAUCACACGAACAAACAUUCAAAGUUGACAUGAUCGCCUAUUCAAAAUUACCUUACAACUAACAGCACUACGAGCGAGACUCAGACACAAACACACACACGCAUCGCACAUGCACACAUAUUGGGAAGAAUUACCGAAGAUGGAACAUACGACGACGUCGUUGACAUAUGUAUUUGGACCCACACGCCGACUACCAACAAUAAACCGUCGGCUCCGUAUGGUGGAAUUAUGUUGAACUAUUUCGCAUUCAAUACAUACACACACAGAUCGAAACAAAUAGGUUUUUGUUCUUUUGAUUCGUCGGUCGAUGUAGUUGUGUGUAUGUAGUUUUUUUUUCUGAGUAUGCACAUAUGGAAUUGUAGACAGUAGACACGACACGCGUUAAGUUGUACCAAAAAUCGCACAAAGCAAUCGCUCAAUUGAACCGUAUGAACAUAUUUUUGCCUAUAGAUCGACACAUACACGGAUAGAGAGAGUGAACGAGUGCGAGAGAAGAUGGGGUAGACACAAUACAGAUAAGAGUGAGAAAAAGAGACUCAAUACUCAUACACCGGCAUCAUCAUCAAAUACCAUCGACCAUGCAUACAUACACACAUCACUUCACAUCCAUACCAAACACUCACUCAUACACAUACACAUACACGCGCGUACACCACACGCACGCACGCACACAUCCAAACACACAACAACAUACGGUCUCAGGGUCUAUUGUACGGUUUAUUGUUUGAAUAUAUAUCUGAUGGUUCACUCACUUAUUUCAAGCCCCAGCCUCAUAUAAAACAAAAUGGCUAAUAGUAAUCACAUAAAAGAAAACACCGCUACUGCAUAGUGUGAACGAACAAAAAAAAAAUUAUACGAAAAUAUAAUUUUUCCGUAGACUUUUUUAUUUGUAUAUUGUAAAUAUUUAUUUCAGUUUCGGUAUUAUUAUUAUUAUUUUUUUCGUGGUGAUUUUUUUUCCAUUCUCGCGGGGGGUUUUUUUGUUCAUCAAUCCGGUGUCGAGUUUGAGUUGUGAUUUUUUUCUUCUUCUCUCAACCAACCAACCAACAAAUAGAAAAAAAUACAAUAACAACAAGUCAAUCGGAAAGCAAAAAAAAAGUAGAAAAAAAAAACAAUUUACGGAAUAUAGAUGAGCAAAUUAAUUAAGGAUUUACAAACACGAACAACGAGCACUAGUAGUGGCAAUAAGUAUAGAAACAACAAUCACAUGAUAUCAUAGCCGAAGCCGUCUCUUACUGACAACACAGCAGCAGCAGCAGCAUAGCGCUGAAUAACCCAAGAACAUUUUUUUUUGAACAUUAGAAUCCGAACAACACAUUCGUUCGCGUACGCGCGCGCGUCCGCUCCGUUUGAAGGAUAUCAUGGCAUAUACUCGUUGAAAAAAACAGGAGCACCGAAGCUGAGAGUGAGUGAACAAAAAAGGAAACAACAAAUUCAAUACAACAUUUAAAAUUGCAUCCACAACAAAACAAACAACAAAACGAACGAGAGUGAAUAGAGAAAGAGAGAAAACGAAUCAAAUAUUAUUAAUCCAAAAGAGAAAAAAAAACAAUUGUGUUAUGGAGAGUUCCUGAAUCAAAACAACGAAACGUGCAACUUUUGACUUUAUUUAGUCCAAAGUUGAGAAAAGAAUAUCGCUUACAUUUUACAUCACUAGAUGGACACUUAGUUUGGGCCAAGAAAAAACAAAACAAAACGACCAAAAAAACCAAAAACAGAAAAAAUCACAACAAGAAGCAAAGAAAUUUAGUUCGGUUUUACCCAGAUCGAUAGAGAGAGAGAGAAAGAGGAAUCAGUUGAAGUUUUAGCAAUUAUUCUAUAUGUGGAAACGAUUUUGUUAUUUUUUUUGAGAAAUAAAGACGUUCGACACGAAAGAGAGGGAGAGAGAGAGAACGCAAACGGCACGAGAACCAGCAAAUAUCAUAAAAGAAAAGGAAUAGACAGCGUGAACAAUCGAGAGCGAGAGCGAGAGAGACAGAGAACGAGAGCGAGCGAGCUGUUAUCGUUAAUCGGUGUGGUGUAGUAGCGUGUAGCAGCUUGGUUGUACGUGCUGGCGACAAGAGACGAGAGUGUGAAUAAACUGAAAAUAAAAUGAACACCACAGCACAAAACUGUAUACGCCGAAUGAAUCAAAAUUAAUAGCCGAUAAGGCCGGGAUACUUAUCAAUCUGUUCAGUUCAGUUCAGUUCAGUUCUCGUUUUUUUUUUCGUUUUUGUUGUGUUUCAUUUGACAUUUUUUUUCUCUCUUCAUUUUCUGUUUUACGAAAACAUACAAAAGAAGAAAAACAUUGCAAAGCAAUUGGAGAAUUUGUACUAAUAAACCAUAACAAGUAGCGAUUGCAAAUUGCAAGUUGCAUAGAGCACAUAAAUCGAGCGUGUUAGUGAUGUGACAUUCGCGAAAUAUUAUCAUCAAAUUUCGUUCAUUGCAGUAUUGUUUCUUUUUUUCCGUUCGUUGCGUUUUUGCCACAACAAUAUAUAUACUAACACAAAUACAUACGGAGGAAACAACUGAGGCGAACAACACAACAGACGAAAGACAAAUUCGACGUUUUAUUCUUUCGUUACUUAUCAAGCAAAUUAAAGAAAACACAGCAGAGCACAAACAAUAAUAAAUCUCAGUACCAAAAUUAGGCGUGAUAGAUAUAUAUAUAUAUAUAUAUCGAUAAAACGAUAUUAUUUCCGGAAAUAGAUAUCAGUUUUAUUGAGUGAGACGGCAAAAUGCGUGAAUUCAAAGUGGUGGUACUCGGUUCGGGGGGUGUUGGCAAAUCAGCGUUGACCGUUCAAUUCGUUUCCGGCUGUUUCAUCGAAAAAUAUGAUCCAACGAUCGAGGACUUUUAUAGAAAAGAGAUUGAGGUGGACAAUUCGCCAUGUGUUCUCGAAAUAUUGGAUACUGCUGGAACAGAGCAAUUUGCAUCGAUGAGGGACUUGUACAUAAAAAAUGGCCAUGGUUUUAUCGUUAUGUAUUCAUUAACAAAUCACCAAACAUUUCAAGAUAUAUCAAAUAUGAAAAAUGUUAUUAGUCGUGUAAAAGGAAGCCAACCGGCCCCUAUACUCCUAGUCGCCAAUAAGCUCGAUUUAGAAUGCCAAAGAGAAGUCUCUACAUCAGAAGGACGAGAUUUAGCAGGAGCAUGGGACUGUCCAUUUAUAGAGGCGUCUGCCAAAGAUCGAAUCAAUGUGAAUGACGUGUUUGCGAGCGUGGUACGAGAAAUGAAUAUGACAUCCGAGAAGCGACAACAAAAAAGCUAUUGUUGUUGUACGUUAUUAUAGGAAAAACAUAAUUACAUGUAUUGGAUAAUUUCAUAAUUUUAAAGAGAAAAAAAAACAAACACACACAGAGAUAAACAACAACAACAAAAUGAUUUUUACAUAUUAAGCCUAUGUUACAGUUGUGGAAAACUAUUUUCAACGAAUAAUUUUUGUUUUGAAACUUAAAGAGAGAAAGAGAGAAAGAAAAUGAAACGACCGAAACCCACAUAAAGAUUUCUUCUUCUUCUUUUUCCCCGGUAUAUUUGUUUUGCUGCUGUUGGCGAUAAAUGACCUUUCGUUUGCGAAUGAAGGAAGGCAAUAUUGCGAUCGUUUCAAAACAAGCAUUUUUUGUCGAAAAUUUUUCUGGAAUUGAUGUAUAGACUUUUCUUUUAAAAACAUAGAUACGUAUACAAGAAAAUGAAAAAAAAACCCUGUCAAAAUAUUAUUUACGAAAAAAAAGAGCGAAACAGCAACAGCAAUUUCUAAACAAGAAUAGAAAGGGAAGAAAGCAAAGAAAGAAAUGAAGAGCAAACAACGGGAAUGCAAGCAAACACAUUCACAACCACCAGUUAUUUUCAUUAGAAGAAUGAGUAUAUAUUAUUCGCACUAUCAACCCGAAAAAUAUAUAGCUUACAGCAUAGGAAACAAGAAACCAAGUAACAGCGUAAUAAAAACAAAGAACCACACACACACACAUACACACAAAACACCCGCACGCCGAAUAGAUGAGCAACACACCGCAAUUGAUGUGACGAAGAAGAGAAAAGAAAAAAUUGAUUAUAUUUUCCGUUUUCCACAGAGAAAAACAACAACCACAACAAACAAACUGAUAAGACAUUAUUGUUAUGAUUUUUUUAAGCAAUUCUUAAUGAAUAUAGUGCAUGGCUACGCGAAAAUGCAUUUAAAAAUCUAUUAACUGUAAUUUUCUAUUUGCGAAAGUGAAAAACAAACAAAAAAACCGUUCAGAACACGAACAGAAUUUAGGAAAUUUUUUAAUAAAAAUGAUAUUUAUAUAUGAGAACAA